AUUCAUCCUUCCUUCCCUAUUCUCACAAUCCCCACACCUAAAGUCAUAAUGGCCGAUAUCGAGAACAAGACCGCCACCAUCGAGGAGAUCCACGACGACUCUGACUCUGAGCAGCAGGUUUCUUCUUCUUCCCGUGUCCAGUCCCGCGGUGAGAUCAAGGCUCGCAAGGCCCUCAGCAAGCUCGGACUCGUUAAGAUCAAGGGCGUCACCCGCGUCACGAUCCGUCGCUCCGGUCAGGGUAUCUUGGCCAUCUCCCAGCCCGAUGUCUACAGGUCCUUGAACUCUGACACCUAUGUUGUCUUUGGUGAGGGACAGACCGAGGAUCUCAACAGCUUGCAGUCUCAGCUCGCUGCUGCCUCCGAGGUCCUCAAGGAUGCUGGUGAGGCCACCGAGGCUGCCACUCCCUCUGCCGACGCUGCUGAUGAGGAGGACGAUGAGGAGGUUGAUGAGACAGAUGUCAGCAAGGAGGACAUUGAGCUCGUCAUUGCCCAGGCAAACGUCAGCCGCUCCAAGGCUGUCAAGGCCCUCAAGGCCCAUAAUAACGACAUUGUCAACGCCAUCAUGGAGUUGACUAUGUGAAACCCACAACGUUUGAAGUAUUAAUCGGUCGGUCAUCCUAUCAUUUUUCGUUUUUACUUUCCACGAACCAAGAAAAAAAUCUAAAAAGGCGUGAGCGGAAAUAAAAAUCAUCAAAAGCACUGUUUGCCCA